GCAGCAACAAGGAUUGUUACACGAAGAAGAAGGGCAUCCGUCCACAGGCCAACCACAGAUACUUAACAGACAACAUAAACAUUGUCACAUAUUUAGGCAGAUCAGCUGUUUUAGCACCUUAGCUCCCGUUUUCUUUGGCACUUUCACUAGAGAUCUCCUUCACGAUGUGGUAAACUAUCUAAAUGUCUUGCGGUCGGCCAUGUUUAUUGGGAUGGCGGCUUUCCGAAGGCCUUGAAGUGGCACUGCUACCGGACGGAAAAAGUCUGCUUGUUAUAUCGUGAUGAGUCCAAUUUACCUCCAUGGAAUGACAGUUUGCUGAAGCUCUUGAAGAAAGAGUGCACGGGGCCUGCCAAUGAUUCAGCUGGAGAAACCAGUGCUAGCUGGUACCAUGCCGGUGGUGUGGCCCACCAUCCUUGACCUGGGCAGGGAUGAGUGCAAAAGAAUUCUGCGGAAACUGGAGCUGGAGGCGUACGCUGGGGUCAUCAGCGCUCUGAGAGCCCAAGGAGACCUGACAAAGGACAAGAAGGAUCUGCUGGGCGAGCUCACUAAAAUCCUCGGCAUCUCUACAGAGCGUCAUCGCGCAGAGGUCCGCAGGGCUGUCAACGAUGAGCGCCUCACCACCAUCGCUUAUCACAUGUCGGGUCCAAACAGCUCCUCUGAGUGGUCCAUUGAAGGGCGGAGGCUUGUUCCUUUGAUGCCGAGGCUGGUUCCCCAGACGGCCUUUACAGUCACAGCUAACGCUGUGGCCAGCGCCACGGCCAAUCAGAACGCCUCCCUCCUGCUGCCAGCUGAAACAGGGAACAAAGAGGUCGUGGUGUGCUACUCCUACACGAGCACCACCUGCACCUCCACCAGCACCACGGCGAUCAGCGGCCCUAUAGGAGCAACAGUGAAAUCUCCACGGCCACCCAGCCCUUCAUCCAACGUGGUGGUGCUGCCCAGCGGCAGCACUGUGUAUGUGAAAAGUGUUAGUUGUUCCGAUGAGGACGAGAAGCCUCGCAAGCGAAGGCGCACGAACUCGUCCAGCUCGUCUCCGGUGAUGCUGAAAGAAGUUACCAAGGUGUCCCCGCCGGUAUCCAAGAACAUCACGGUGCCCGUGAGCGGCAGCCCCAAGAUGAGCAGCAUCAUGCAGAGCAUCGCCAACUCCUUACCGCCUCACCUGUCCCCCGUCAAGAUCACCUUCACCAAGCCCACCAUCCAGACGACCAGCACCACCACGCAGAAGGUGAUCAUCGUGACAACUUCCCCGAGUUCCAAUUUCGUGCCCAACAUCCUGUCCAAGUCCCACGCCCACAACAACGCCACCGCUGUGUCAAAGCUGGGGUCCACCUCUGUGCUGACCACACCCACACAAAAGCAGACGGUGGUUUUUCCAGCCAGCUCCAGCACUUCCACGAACCCCAAUACCAUCGCUGUGACCACAGUGGUCUCCUCCACACCAUCAGCGGUCAUGUCGACGGUCACACCGUGUGGAGUUUCAGCUGGAGUGAAGGUCUCUACAGCCAGACUUCCUUCACCUAAGACACUAGUGGCCUCACCCACUCAGAUCCUGGCCCAGUUCCCCAAACAACAGUCACCCAAACAGCUGCAGCAGAGCUCGCCUUUAGGAGCGUCCAACGUCGGUCAGACCCAGACCACCACCUCCUCACCGGGAGCCAAGCCCACCAUUCAGAUCAAACAAGAGUCCGGGGUGAAGAUCAUCACUCAGCAGGUGCAGCCCAGCAAAAUCCUGCCCAAGCCUUCGGCGGCUUUGUCCAGCAGCAGCUCUUCUCCCAUCAUGGUUGUCAGUAGCAACGGAGCCAUCAUGACCACAAAGCUGGUCACUCAGCCCACAGCUACCCAGACCACCUACACGAGACCCACUGUUAGUCCCAACAUCGGGGCCAGAAUAUCAGCCUCCAGUGGCGGGACCACUUACGUCAAGACCACCAGCGGCAGCAUCAUCACCGUGGUGCCCAAGUCUCUGGCCACUCUGGGAGGAAAGAUCAUCAGCAGCAACAUCGUGUCCGGCACGACGACUAAGAUCACCACCAUCCCCAUGACCUCCAAGCCCAACGUCAUCGUGGUGCAGAAAACCACGGGCAAAGGAGCGACCAUCCAGGGACUGCCCGGCAAGAAUGUGGUCACCACGCUGUUAAAUGCUGGGGGGGAAAAGGGCCUUCAGGCAGUUCAGGGGACCAAACCUGCAAUCAUCACCGCCUCCAGACCCAUCACUAAAAUGAUCGUCACCCAGCCCAAAGGCAUGAGCUCCGGGUCCCAGGCCACCGCCACCAAAAUCAUCCCGACCAAGAUCGUUUACGGCCAGCAGGGCAAGACGCAGGUUCUCAUCAAACCGAAGCCGGUCUUCCAGACAGCGGUGGUGAGCGAGCAGACCCGGCAGCUGGUCACUGAGACGCUGCAGCAGGUGACCCGCUCCGCCGAACUGAGUCAGGGUCAGACCCCAGGCCAGGACGGGGCCACAAAGGAUGAUGCCGGCAGCCUCGCGGAGGCCAGCAGCUUAGUCAGCGAGGCUUCCCAGGGCAGCGCUCAAGAAGCGCAGCCUGUAGUGCACGUGGUGUCCUCCAGAGAGCAGGAUUGGACUGAGCAGGAAGUAGCUGUGGAGUCCAGCCCCACCAUCAUCUACCAGGAGGUAUCUGGCGGGGAAUCCCAGUCGGCCACUUCCACCAUAAAAGCUCUUCUUGAACUUCAGCAGACAUCAGUGAAGGAAAAGGGAGAAUCCAAACCCAGGCAGCACACCAUCGACCUUAGCCAGAUGGCUGUGCCCAUCCAGUUGGCCCAGGAGAAGAAGCCCAGCCCUGAAUCCCCCAAACCCUCUACCUCAGAGGCUGAACCCACCGCUGAAUACGUCGCAGGAGGAAAAGCCACCAGAGUGGGAGUGCCCUCGCAGGAUGAAGAGGUGGUUAUGUCCUCCAGUCAGCAGCUGGGGAAGCCAUAUAAAACAAGCACAGUUGCUGUGGUAACCAAACCUGCUGCUGUCUCCUCUGCGGCUCCAGCGUCACACGUGCACUCUGACAGUCAUGGUAAACCUGAGGCUGUAUUAGAGGCAGGAGAGUUGGAAGGAGACACUUUGGACCCCCAGACAGGCUUGUUCUACCGCUCCACCCAACCAGCAGAACCCACCAAGCAACCCGCCCACUCUGCAAGCGCUCAGCCGCCGCCUUUGAGCCAGGCCGAGGCCGAGCAGAGCCGGCACCCUUCCACCUCCACGUCCACCCAGCAGACGCCGCCGCAGCUGCAGAGCAAACCUCAGAUCAGCCAGCCUUCCUCUUCCUCCACCACCUUCCCUUCUACUCCUCUUCUGACUAAGAAAAUCCCCAAGCUACGAGAGCAGAGUCAGCCCAAACCCCAAACAUUAACCCAGAGCCCUAAAGACAGACCUGUGAGCGCACCGACCCCAGCCGGGGCCAAGGCCACCACUCCGAGCACGCCAACCAAGCCCAUGUUGACGCCACAGCUCCCGAAGCUCCAGCAGGCCCCCACAUCCCACCACCGGCCCCUGCACACCUCAAUGUCCCACCCUCCUCCGCUGCAGGCACACCACCCCGUCAGCACCGACAAAACCGCCUCCAGCCAGCAGCCAAUCAUCACGCAGAGUGCCACCGUCACCAAGAUUACCUUUGGCAGUUCCCACCACUCGUCGCCAGUCUUCAGCAGCGGGGAGGCUUCUGCCAAACUGAUCCCAGAGUCCAGCUCCGGGCCUUCUGGAGACAAGCCCUCAGUGUCGGACAUCCUAAAGAUCUCCAUGAUGGAGGCGGAGAUCGAUCCAAGCACGGAGCCCAUGGUGGUGGAUUCCUCCAGCGAUUGCGGCCCUCUGGGGAAAGCUUUGGAGGUCCAGGCCGUGUCCGGCACGCUGGACUCGGGCCAGUUCAUCAGCAGCUCCGGGGCCGCCAUGCAUCACUCCCACUCGAAGCCGCAGCAGUUCAGCUGCUUGCAGGGCCUCGCGGCGCAGAGGAGCAAGGAAGACCUGGAAGUCAUCGAGGUGAUUCCUCAGUAUUCCAUCCUGCCAGACUCCAGCCAGUCUAACGUGGUAGUGGAGCCCAGCGGCUUUCUGGAGAUCACCAACUACACCAGCCAGCAGCUGGAGGAGGACAGCCCCAUGGAGCAGGAGGUGGACAGCAGCAACGACGAGGCCGCCGCCGCCAGCCCCCCCGACCAGCCGUAGUCACUCCAUGCUAAGAGACCCUGACGGGUGCAGCGCACAUUUUCACUUUGGGAAAAGCAGACUGGCGAUUUGUUCGAGGCCUCGGACACAGUGGACUUUAGUUAGUGUUUCAUUUUGUGUAAAGUAUUAGUUUGUUAGGCUCUUUUCGUCCCCGCAGCUAACGGCACAUGUGGUUUUUAUCACCAGAUGUGGGAGCGAGGUGAAAGGAUUAGUUCUAGUCCGGCUUCAGAGAGCUGGAAAGCAGUUUCUCCCAGCAUACGAUGUUACAGUAUGGUGGACUUUCUACUUUCUAAGACAUUUAAAUAUCAUUUCAUAAACAUACAGCUGAGCAAGUACACUGCAUUUAAAGUCAACCCAAAGGACCUGCAACUUCUGAGGGGGUCAUAGAGAUGAGUAGCAGCAGAAAAGAUAUUGAAAAUGCCUUAAACACCAGACAUAAAAGCCCUUUUUAGACAUUAUGCAUGACAUCACUGCCUCCAGCCAUCUUUUUAAAUGAAACCUUUAUUGUUAUGUUCCUCACGGCCUCUUUUGCACCUAUUACAACUUUACCACUAGUUUGAUGUCUCAUCAAGAACCGGUUUGAUGUGUUUUCACCCCCAAGAAAUUCUAUCAAAGGUGAUUUUCCUUCUGCAGAAAUUCCCAAAAGCUUUGCUCAUAAUGUUGCAGACUCAAUGAACCUGUGCCCAUUCUCCAAAGACCGAGUGUGUCACACACAGGCUCAGAGGACGGAGCCUCCCAUGAAAACAAAUCACAACAUCUUUGUUUUAUUUAAAGUUAGGAGCAUAGUUGGCAAUAUAAAAUCUAAAAAUCUGUCAUACCACUAACAACAUGCAGUCAUAAUCUCACGUGGUGUUUUAUAGAAAAGUGCCCCGGGUGCUUUUUUUUGUUUUGGAUAUGAAAUCGGAUGAUUGGAAAGGAUGUCUGAAAGGGGCUUUGAUAAUUCACACAAAAGAGGGAACUCGAUCAGGUCUGCAGACCCAAACAACCCCAGAAGUUUGGAAGCUUUCAGAAAUAAUUCUUGGAACUUAAUUUAGACCGGGGCUUCUCCGAGGGACGUCGUCCUGGAAAAAUCAGCUCACGCCGUUCCUGAGCGGCGACUCGUAAAUGGACAGCUUUUGGCGUCAGACGGAUUGUAUUUUUUCUCGACUCAUUUUGUAACUCUCCAACACUUUACAGGGUUUUCAGAGGAGGGAACAGAGCUGGAGCAGAUUGAUAUAUAUAUAUAUUAUUUUUUUCUUCUGUGAGGAACAUGACGCAGAACCACAAAAAGAGUCCUGGAGGACCAAUAACGUCCAACGUAAGAGUUGCUGCUCAGUGUAAUUUUGGAGUGCUUAAAAAAAAAAAAAAAAAAAAGGAAAAGAAGCAAAUUGAGCGAUGUACUUUUUUUUGUAAGAUGUAUUCCAGAGUCCAAAAAGUUGCAGUGAGAAUUUCAAUAAGUACGCAUUUCUUUUCUACCUUUUCAAACUGUCUGACUAGAUGAAAAAAAAUUUAAUCUGCACAAUAAAUCAGCUGAGUACAGCCGGU